AUGGCUUUCCUGACUGGGCUCAGGGGCCCUCUCGCCCACAUCAGCAGCGGCCUCGGCCAGCGCUGUUUCAGCACCACCGGGACCCUCGGAGCGAUUCAGAAGAUGACGCGGGUGCGCGUGGUGGACAACAGCGCCCUGGGGAACACACCGUACCACCGCCCUCCCCGCUGCAUCCACGUCUACAACAAGAACGGGGUGGGCAAGGUGGGCGACCGCAUACUGCUGGCCAUCAAGGGGCAGAAGAAAAAGGCGCUCAUCGUGGGGCACUGCAUGCCCGGUCCCCGGAUGACGCCCCGGUUCGACUCCAACAACGUGGUCCUCAUCGAGGACAACGGGAACCCUGUGGGCACCCGCAUUAAGACGCCCAUCCCCACCAGCCUGCGCCGCAGGGAAGGCGAGUUCUCCAAGGUGCUGGCCAUCGCGCAGAACUUUGUGUGA